AUGCUUAUCAUUCCGGUUUCAAUAUGGGUUUUAAACAUUGCUGAAUCAACAAAUUUUGCACUUACUAGGUGGAUAGAGUACGGAAAACAUGCGAAAAUAUGUACUUGUUGGGAUGAUACAGUUAAAAUAUGUAUGGAUCCUUUUGUGCGAAGAUUUCAGCCCGAGUUAUUUAAUGAUUGGAAAAAUGGAAAAAACCUACCACCACAUCCUCUCGAUGAAUAUCUGCCAAAGGAAACAAGUCAUCAUGUUGAGAGCACACUCACAUAUCCAGACAGUGCCAAGGAUAUAUUGGGUAUCGAGAACAAUGAGGUUAUGGCCAAAGACCCUUCUCUUUUUAAACCUUACUCUUAUGAUUCACCGCCUCCCAAAGUUGGCGAUCUGAACUCUAUUGAUCUGCGGUAUUCCUCAAAACAGUUCGAAACGGCCAAAAUUCCUUUUCAUAUCGCUACUAAUCCUCGCUUGUACCCUCUGUGGUGUGGAAAUCCAGCUAAUGAACAGAUUGAACGAAAUUUCAACAUUUUCAUUGGAAGUCAUAAACCAUAUUGUGCUGUUUGCUCAUUUCUGUGGACUCCUCAGCAUGUUUCUAAGCUUUUAUCUAGUGGACAUCGAGAAGACAAACUACCUUUAUACUCAGAACCACACAUUCCCGAAGUUGCAUAUCACAGCUAUAAUUCUUCUGUACAGUUUCCUCCGACAGUUAAAAGUCGUAUACUCAGGUGUUUUCGUUGUUGCUUAACUGUACAUGCUAGAUGUUAUGGUGUUCAAGAUGAACUUGGAUUUAAAUAUGAGUCUUCAUUAGAACAAAAACAUAAUCUGAAGUUUAAAAAUCCUGGUAUUGCGAUGCUUACGUGUGUAUUCUGUUAUAUGCGCGGAGGAGCUAUUAAAGCACUAGCCAACAUAAAUAAUGCAUUUACUGGACGACCUUACUGGGCACAUUUAGUUUGUGCACUAAUUACUCCAGGUUGCUAUUUUGAAGAUGUGCCUAAACGAUUAGCAUUUAUUUCUGAAGACACGAUCAAAUCAGCUAUAUCUUCAGCUAUAUUAUAUUCCAGCGAAAGUAAUAAACGUGUGAUUAAUGAAAUGCAAAAUAUCAGUUCGCCAAGUUGCUUCUCUGAGGCUGUUCCCUUCAAAUCUCCAAGUUAUUUACAGAAGAAUUUGAAAUUAGUGCGUAAGAGACCACCUAAUGUUGAUAAAAAAAUUUUACGAGAAUAUUAUGAAUCACCUGAUCAGAGAAGUAAAAUAUGUCGAUUAAACAAAUCGAAUAAUCGUUUUUCACGAAAGCUACUCAACACUACUUCCACAGUUUCAAUUGAUUUUAAUUUUAAAAAAAUAAGACCAUUCAUUCAGAAUAAUAACAAUGGGAUUUCUAGUGUUCAUCAUUCUGACAAUACUAACAUACCAGUUGAAACUGGAGACAAAAUUGCAUCAUCUCUUCCUUCAAUAUGUUUUGUGUGUCAAUUACCUGGGAGAGGAUUUCUUCCAUUGGCUUCUUGCUGGCAUAAUGGUUGUUCUACACAGUUUCAUGUUACUUGUGCUCAAAUGGCUGGUAUUGUUAUUGGAACUGAUGUAUAUCCUCGGUUCUUUUAUAUCGCAUGCAGUAAACAUCCUACUAACUACGAUCACCCAAAUUUUCACGAUCACGGUUCCGUUUCCCCAGGAGAUGAAGUAAUGGUACAAGAAACCAAUGAUCCUAUAUUUUCAUCCGCUAUUGCUAUCCGACGAGUAACUCCUCUAUACUGCCGUAUUUCGUUUCCCGAUGGAACCUUCUCAUCAGAUACACCACCAGAGUAUUUGACAAAUGUUAAUUGGUUCAAAGAUGGACCUCCAGAAAAAGGAUCACUUAUUAAAGUGUUAUGGGAUGAUGGAAUGGAAUAUGCGGGAACGUAUGAAGGUACUACUUCUGAACAGUGGGAAGUUCAACUGGAAUCUGGAGAGAUUAGAGUAUUUAAUCGUGAACAGUUUUAUGUACAACCAAAAACUAAAUAUUCAGAUAAUUUGGCUUUUGAUGGUUCGUCUACUGAUUAUCCAUGGGCAAUAACAGAUCUUGAAGAUUCAGUCGCUCCCUCGAAUUCAUAA